GGGCAGGCUCGUAAAUGCCGAAAUCGGCCGAGUUGCUCCUCGGCGGGAGCCCAGUCCUUGCUCUCAGUCCCGCUGUGAACGCAGCAAGGAACACCACGGAUGUUUCACCCUCCCUGUACGGUGCGUUGGAGACGUUGACGCGAGUCGUCGUGCUCGUCAUCGUCCUCCUCUUCCGCUUGCCUCGACUGGCCGUAUACAGGAACAACGCAGUCGGUCUCGUUUUCCGAGAGCGGGCUCGUGGGAUUCACGGCGGACGUUUAACUCGCGCCGGGUCGCCGCUCCCAGACCGACGGGCCGAAUCCAGAGUUCCCAAGUGAGAACACCACCGCGAAGAACAGACAGUUCGACAGUGCUACCGUUUUGGGAUUUUGAAGCGGAACCUCUUGCUGCGAGUCGGUUACACAGUGGCUCGUUGAAAUAGUUGGAAGGAUAAUCCUACAGGGGUCCCCGUUCAUAUCUCGCGAUAGCCAGUGAACACGCCAGUGCAUUUACAUAGACAGUGUGGCCGUUCAGUGAUAGAGUGCGCGACGUUCCUCCCGUUAACGAACUAUUCGAAAACGUCCUUGGGAUUACAACGAGACUUUGCGCGAUCCACGAAGCGCUACGCGUGAGACAUGAUUCUUGUAUCUCCGGUGGUAGAACGUUGAACAGCAACGCAAUCCACCACGAUGAUGAACGCUUUCCUGGACGGGGUGUCCUCGCACCCGCACCACCUGGCCAACCUGGGCAUCAAGCUGUCACCCAGUGGGGCUGGUGCCACCGGAGGAUCUUCGGAUGCUGGCGCAGGUGUGCAACCAGCCCCGGGCGAGGCUCCUUCGCAGCAGCACCACCACUUCCAUCCCCAGGGCUAUCCGCCCCAUCAUCCCCAUCCGGCGUCGCACAUGGCGCCGCACAUGGGCCACCACAUGAGCCAUCACCCAGGCUACGCGGCUCGCGACUUUCUGCUCAGGAGGGAGCACGAGUUCAACGCCACCGCGAAUCCUACCACCCCCGAAAGCGGCCUUGGACUCUUCACCCCGUUGCACCAUGACAGCACCGCCGCCACUAUGCAGCAGUUUCCUCAUCAUCCAGGUCAGCAUCCUCUGGCGGCCAGUCACUACCCCGGACACUAUCCCCAGGACUCCCGGCUACCGCCCCAUCACCAGUAUCUGGGUGCUCCGCACCUCACCCCCGCAUCUAUUCAUCAUCAACAGCACCCGGCGGUCAGCCAUCCAAGUCAUCAUCCCCAUGGCGCGUUCCUCAGGUACAUGAGGAGCAAUGGGACCGGCGGUGGUGGGGCCGGUGCCGCGACCGGCGGACCACGCCACGACAUGUCCUGCAUGUGGGUGGACCAGGAUUCGCCCGGACCCGGAAGGAAGCUAUGCGGCAAACUCUUCAACAACCUCCACGAUAUCGUGACGCACCUCACCGUCGAACACGUGGGCGGACCCGAGUGCACCACGCACGCGUGCUUCUGGCAGGGAUGCUCGCGGAACGGCCGGGCCUUCAAGGCCAAAUACAAGCUCGUCAAUCACAUCAGGGUGCACACCGGAGAAAAACCGUUUCCCUGCCCGUUCCCCGGAUGCGGAAAGGUGUUCGCCAGGUCCGAGAAUCUCAAGAUACACAAGAGGACGCAUACCGGAGAGAAGCCGUUCAAGUGCGAGUACUCCGGCUGCGAGAGGCGAUUCGCGAACAGCAGCGACCGCAAGAAGCACAGUCACGUCCACACGUCCGACAAGCCUUACAAUUGCCGGGUUUCCGGGUGCGACAAGUCCUACACCCACCCCAGCUCGUUGCGCAAGCAUAUGAAGGUGCACGGCUUGACCCUGGGCGAGGGCAAGAUUGGAGGGGGCUACGAGAGCGAGGGUGAAGAGAGCAGCAGCAGCGGGGGUAGCCUGUCGGUGACGGGGCAUACGGAGUCUCCUCAACCGCCGCCGGUCGUCCCGACGACCACCGCGACCAAUCCGCCGUCGAGUCAUCCGUCGACCAGGGGGCCCGAGCUGACGGAAUGGUACGUCUGCCAGCCGCCGACGGUCGGGCCUCAGCACAGUCCUCUGCCGGGACCACCGCCACCCCAUCACCUAGGACCCCAUCACUUCAAUCCGCUGAUGCACCACCAAGCGACCGCCUACUAGAUCCAUCGCAUGGAUCACCGAAGAUCGAGAAGAAUCACUGUCGAUUUCCAUGAACGUCUACGGACUAUCACCUGGAAUCUUGAAGGUUCUAAUGGACCUAAAAGUUCUAGAGGUCUUAGAGAUCCUAGAAGUCCUAGAGGUGCUAGAGGACCUAGAAUUCUUAGGGAUCCUAGAAAUCCCAAAGGUCCUAAAGUGUCUAAAGGUCCUAAGGAUCUUAAAGGAUCUCCUGGAGAUCCUAGAAAUUCUAAAGAAUUUCAACAAAAAAGAGAGAGAGAGAGAGAGAGAUCCUACGGAUCCUACAGGUCUAAAAUGUCUAAAAAGUUCUAGAGGUUCUAGAGAUCCAAGAGGUCCAAGAGAUCGAAGAGGUCCAAGAGAUCGAAGAGGUCCAAGAGGUCCAAGAGUUCGAAGAGCUCCAAAAGGUCCUACAGGUUCCAAUAAUCUGGAUUCUAGGGGAUCCCAGGUACUAUUGUUCACUACUAUAUAACGCGAAAGUCUCAUUCUGAAAGAUUGAUAGGAAUGAUUGAAAUGGAACCUGAAGAACCUUGUUAUUCCUUCUUGAACUCGUUUUGCGGACAGCGGGAACGUUGACUCGCGAAUUGUGGAUGAAUUCGAGAAGUGGUUAGACUGGGGCUGUGAGUAGGGUUCGGACUUUGAAUGGUGCGAUGUAUUUUUAGUUUGUGCCCUUCCUUGGAUAGUUUUUUUGUUUUUAGUGAAUCGGUUGUUAAAGUGAAAUCGUUCUGCGAGUAUCUGUUUACGAAUGUUCAUCCUUGUCCAUCUGUGAUCCUGAAUAUAUAGUACGUUAUUUUAAACCUGAUGUUGAGCCGUCGUUUCACCUCAUUGAUUUUUAACAUUUUUAUCAGUUUGACAUCGUUCAGUUGGAAAGAUGAGAGAUGGACGAGGAUUGAAACCAUUGAUUUAACCCAUAAAUUUUUCUAUCCGCCUUUUCGUCAAUAUUAGGUUGCCCCUAACUUCAUCGAUCCCCCAAAUAAUAAUCUCGACAGAUGCGAGUAACCACUGCGAUUGAACUCAAAAAAUUCUAAGAAGUGAUAAGUCAUUGAGAAAAAGACAAUCACAUUGUUGGUAUAUCCUUUUGGGACAGCCUAAUAUUUUCACUGGCUCGCAACGUGCAAUCAGCAAACAUUUGUCCUUUCGAACAGUACGAAAGCCCGAGCAGUAGACCAAGUUCCUGGAUUCUCGCAGCCCUGAUUUAGAGGAUAGGAAGAGUGCUCGCGACCAAAGGUAGCCCGCGGUUAGUAUUUAUUGUCACGUUUCACGGGCGGAUAAGAGGAGACGGUUUCCGGUUUCUAUUCGCUGAGGCUCGAACGGGAACGACGCAUCACGGCGAUAGCAUAAAUCUCGAGGUUCGGGACACGGGAGAAACCAAAUAAGAAAGUUAGUUACCUCGGAUCGAGGCGUCGCGGCGCGGCGGGCGGAGUAUGGGUGUAAAUACAAUUAACCUAAAUCACCGGCUGGCUAUUUGCGAGCGCUCCGAAGGUGUCACGCGCGUUUCUCGAUCGCGGAAAAAUCGGGGAUCGUUACGGAUCAACCGGGGCGGUCUCAACCUAUCCAAUAUGGCGAAUCGUGCCUCGGUUUAUCGAAUCCCGAAGCGAAACGGCUUUGUAAUUGUUCCUACGGAGCGCCACGACCAAUCCACCAUUCGUUUCUCGCACCCGGCAUUGUCAAUAAAUUAGGAAUUUUAAUCUGCGAUCCUUAAUUGGACACCCAAGCUGGAUUCUAAAAUGUCUGUAUGCAUUCGCAUAUUGUAGCGUUUCUUUUAUAAAACUAAUUUGAAUAGGUAUCUCGGGCAGUUCUUUUAAUGGUUCGUCUUUUUUGAAUAUAUGUGUACAAACUUCGAUGUAUUUUCAAUUGGGGUUUUGUUAAGUGUUACACAUCUGUCAAUUCAUACGAUAUUAAUUCUCCUGUUUUAAUGUUCACUAGAAUUUGGACAAUUGAUCCCGUAUAUUCGUUUCCGAUGUAAAACACUUUAUAUUCAAAAGCAAUGAGAAAUCUGUCCAAUUAACAUAUAAGAGGUGAGUGAGACUUCAUCCUAUGUUGAUUUAAAGUUGCAUCGGUACUCCAGCAAUCUUCUUAAGAAUUGGCAUCUUUUGGACGGUCCUAUCGCAAAAAAAGAAAUUUUUCAAAAAAGAAAUAUUAAUUUUUGCUAGAACCGCACAGAUUUUCUAAAAAUAACGUGUUGCGUGCAAAAUUAUACACGCUAGAACGUCAUAUUUAGUCCCAAAAGAUAAAGGUAUGUGAUACCUAAAUUGUGUCACAGAUUUCAAGAGUUCUAAUUAACUUGGCAGUGCGGGGAAAUAUAAAAUGGCCGCGGAAAAGUUAGGAACGACGAAGCGACAUUGUAAAUAUAUUAAUAGGCAAAGUUCUGAUGCAACGUGUUGGGGAUAUGUUGUAAGAUAUGUCCUACGGAUUUGUUCUGAUGUGUGAUAUUCUGUAAAUAGCAAGAAUAAAGAGAUAGAGAGUGAGAGAGCGGGAGAGCGAUAGAAAGGGGGAACAGAGAACGGACGAUCGAGAGAUACGGAGCGCACCCGUCAUUCUAACUUUAUUAUAAUAAUUAUUAUUUUUCGUUGUGUAUAUGCUUAGGUUGGCGAUGGGGUGAGAGCUCCCGAUCCACGACCAUGCCUGUACCACAUUAUAAUAUUUGUUUUGCCAAGAAGAUCGGAAAUAUAUUGACUGAAAUAUAUUAAAGAA